UAGAUGGCUUGAGCAGAAAAAAACCACACAUGGUACUACUUCAAAACUUUCUUCAUGCAGUGUCUUGUAAGUUUUGAGAUUAUAUUCAGGACGAGAUCAUUUCCACGUAUCGUCCACCGAAUUAAUGGUUUAAAAUAAUAAAAGCUCAAAAUUCAAAGAGACACAGAGCCUUAAAAGGGGCAGAGGAAGGUACGUAACUAUCCAUGAUAGCUACCUUAAUUACUGCUUCUGCCACCCACAUCCCUCCUCUUUCUUCACUAUAGAGAGAGAGACUCAAUAACCUCUCUCUUUGCAUUGUUUUUCUCACUAGCCACUUCUUGUUUUCCUUCUUUCUCUCGAGGGUCACUGCAUGUUUUGUUCUUGACUCGAACCAUUCCUCUCUGGAGUUUAUACUACCGGAGAAGAUAAACUCUUGGGACAAUGUCUGCUCCUUCAUGUAGUGUCGGAGGAGAAGUUGGUGGUGAAACAUGUUCGGCUCUAGCUAAGUCGUCCCUGCCACCGCCUCGUCCGAAGUCUCCGCCGGAAUAUCCAGAUUUGUACGGGAAACGCAGAGUGGCGGCGAGAGUCCAGAUGCUAGAGAGAGAGAUUGGUUUUCUCGAGGGGGAAAUUAAAUUCAUCCAAGGCGUACAACCAGCUUCCAGAUGCUGCAAAGAGGUCUCUGAUUUUGUCGUUGCAAAUUCUGACCCAUUGAUCCCUGCACAACAAAAGAGUCAAAGACACGGCCGGUUCUGGAAGUGGCUCUGUUGCGGUAUUCCAUGUUUGAGCCUAGCGAGUUUCUUCUGUUGCUGCCGAUCCAACUGUUCGUGCCAUCUGAGGAAGCCCAAGUGCUGUAACUGCACAAGUUGCAACUGCACUGGUUCCGAAUGCUGUGAAGGAUCAUGCUGCUCAAAUAGCUGUUAUUGCCCGAAACUGAGCUGCCCGAGCUGUUCAUGCUUCCGAGGUUGCUGUUGUUCUUGUCCGGACUUAUCUUGCUGCCUACACACCUGUCUGAAUAAGAAGAAGAAGAGCUCCUGUUGCAGCUGCAACUGCAAGAUCAGAUGGUCAUCUUGUUUCAGAUGCCCCAAGGUACAACUUUGUUGUUGUUUUUGCAAUUGUAAAAAUCUAUGUUCUAAUCCUUGUUGUUUAGCUUUCUAAACAUUAUUAUAGUUAUAGGUAUUUCUCUAUAGUCAUAUUUUUGUUCAUUUCUUCUUUAUCUGCUUACUAUCUGUAACAAACUUGUGGAUAUAUUUUUUUUUUUGCUUUUUGUAAGUGAUGUUUUCUAUUAAGCGAGCCUCUCGUGAGAUAGCAUUUAUAGAAAAAUGACAAUUCCAAUGAAAUUCACACGUUAAUAUAGCUAUGCAUUAUUCUUUGAGGUAACUUAUUACAUAAUUAAUUAAUUAUAUCAUCUUAUAUCUACUCUAUUAAAAUAGAGUCCUAUUUUUUAUCUACCAUACACAAGUCUAUGUUAGACCAUUCAUUAGAAAUUUAACUAAACAUUCUAAAAUUACUCAUAUAUGAUAUUUUCCUAACAAAAACAAUAUAUAUCUAAAUAAUAACAUUUCUAAAAAAACAUAAAUAUAUUGUCAUUAAGUAAUCAUCAUUUGAUUGUUUCUCAUAUUUAAUAUAGACCAUAUUUUAUAUAUUUGAGUAACUAAUUUUGAAAUUAAAUAGUAUAGUCCAAUUCUUUUUAAAUUAUCAAAUUAAAUUUUUAUAUAAAAAAAAAAUUUAUUGGUUGUAACAUUUUAUGUUGAUAUGUUUAGUAAAAAUAAAAACAUUAAACUGAAAUAUAAAAUAUUAAAUAAAAUCAUAUUUUAAAAUAUAACAAAAAUAAUUUAAUUUAUUCACAUAAAAACAUUUCGAGAAUAAAAAUUUCUAAACAAAGAAGCUAAUAAUUUUUUUAUUAAUUCAUAUAAAACUAAUGUUUAAAAUUGAACUAUUAAUAUUGAUCUUGCAUUUUAAAUAAAUAAACAAAAAUACUUCAUUAAUAUAUGAUUUGUACAAUAUCAUCAAACAAAUUUCAACAAAUAUAAAUUUUCAAAAUAAAAAUUAUAUACAUAAAAUUGAUAUUAGAUAUAUAUCUUUAUAACAUAUUUUAUAUUUUAAAUAUUAAUUUAAAAAUAUAAAUAUAUCCGCACGGAUGUGCGGGUUAAUAUCUAGUUUCAAUUCAU